GAGAGAGAAGACAAUAUGGCACUUUUUAACAUUCAGAAUCCUUUGGUAUUUACGUUCGGAAUUUUAGGUAAUCUUGUUUCUUUUGCGGUAUAUCUUGCUCCAAUGCCAACAUUUUACAGAAUUUUCAAGAAGAAAUCAACGGAAGGAUUUCAAUCAGUUCCAUACGUGGUUGCAUUACUUAGCUCGAUGUUGUGGAUAUACUACGCAACACUUAAAUCAAACGAAACCCUUCUCAUCACAAUCAACUCCGCCGGGUGUUUCAUAGAGUCCAUUUACAUUGCCAUUUACAUUGCUUAUGCACCCAAAAAACCUAGGAUGGGCGCUCUGAAGCUGCUUUCGCUUCUCAACUUUGUUGGGUUCGGACUUAUCGUUAUUUUCACCCAUUUCUUAGUAAAAGGACCGGAACGAGUUCAGGUUGUCGGAUGGAUUUGUCUAAUAUUUUCGUUGUGUGUGUUCAUUGCGCCUUUAUGCAUUGUGAGACAAGUUAUACGAACUAAGAGCGUCCAACAUAUGCCGUUUCUUCUUUCAUUAUUCCUUACACUUAGCGCAGUUAUGUGGUUUUUCUAUGGCCUAUUGCUCAAAGACUUUAACAUUGCGAUUCCAAAUGUAUUGGGGUUCAGCUUCGGCGUGCUUCAAAUGGUGCUCUACCUAAUGUACAGAAACGCGGAGAAAACGAAAGAAGAAAAGCUUCCUGAAAUACUACAAAAGCAAAUUAUCAUUUUGGAUGAGCAGAAAAUUCCUGAACUAACUCAGCAAAUUAUUGACAUUAUCAAGCUCAGUGCCUGUCGGAGUUCGGAGAAAAUUCCAGUGGUUUCCCAGCAGCCCAUGAGUGUUAGUGUCUCAGUUGAAGCAUCUUCCCAUCAGAAUUUGCCUAAGGAAAUUGAAGCUUUUUAAAAGCAUUAUUGAUUUCUCUAUGGCAUCCACUUGCUUAAUUGAUUUAAUUCCUGAAUUUAGGCAUUUAUGUGUAAUAAAUUAAUUAUGUAUGAUGAUGCUUUGUGUAUUUUUCUUGUUAGUCAUUUGUUAAUUUGCUUGUACGCACUUCAGGGAGACUUAUCCCAUUAGUUUAUGUAUUUUCUGCAAUUUACAAAUGAAAUAAUUGGAUGCUGCUCUUCAUGUGUA